AAUUCCAUAUUUCCAUUACAUAUUUGGGGGUUUCCUGUUCCGCAAGCCAACCCGACCCUGUGACUGGCUUUAAAAUCCGAGAGGAAAGCAGCGCAAUUCGUCAAAAAUUUAGGGUAUCUGAAUCUCUGGUGCUUGUAUGUCUCCUUCUUCAAUGUCGUCGGAGGAGCAAGGCUUGAUGGAUGAGUUGCAGGCGCUGCAGCGGAAGCUGGGGAAGAAGCAGUCCUUUGAGGAGGCCGUCUCUUCAAUUGGAUCCUUCCUCCGCGAUAGAUACCCCUCUUCGUCCCCGUCACUUCGCAAAUCUAUAUAUUCAGCAGUCUGCCGUGUUGCAACUCUACUUCAGACGAGGUACACAACACCUGGCUUCUGGCUUGCUGGAUUAAGGCUUUUUGAAGAAGCAGAACACCUGGUUACUGAAUCAUCAGAGCAACAACAUCUAAAGAAAUGCAUUGCCAGAGCUCGUGAACAUCUUCAUGAGAUGGAGACAGAGGUUCCUGCAUCAAGUGGAAGGCAAACAGGUUCUAGAUUUCUUUUUGAAGGGCAUCUUACUGUAGAACCUGAGCCUCCACCUCCAGCAUGGCUUGUAGAACAAAACCUACUUACAGCAAUUGCUGUUGCACAAAAUCUGAAUUUAGAAGCUGAAUCAUCUCGAAGCCAGGAAGAACGCAAUGAUGCACCAAAUAACGGAAGGACACCUGUUACCUCUGAGUCGAUAAUUGAGUUGAUUAACGAGAUGCAACAUGGGACUAUCGAUUUGGACCUUGAGAGUGUCAUUCAAUCGUCAUUGCAGGAAAUUGGUGGUGGGAUACCAAGAGCACCGCCAGCCUCAAAAGAGGUCGUUGCAAAUCUUCCUGUUAUAACUGUUACAGAAGAGACCAUUGCAAAGCUAGGCAGUGGAACCGAAUGUGCUGUGUGUCGGGAGAGCUUGAUGAUAAAUGACCAAAUGCAGGAGUUGCCUUGCAAGCAUCUUUUCCACCCUCCUUGUCUGAAACCUUGGCUGGAUGAGAACAACUCCUGUCCAAUUUGCAGACAUGAGCUGAGGACUGAUGAUCAUGUAUAUGAAAGCCGGAAGGAGAGGGAAAAGGAGGAAGAGGAAGAUAGAAAGGGUGCUGCUAAUGCGGUCCGUGGAGGCGAAUUUAUGUAUGUUUGAUAUUGUUUGUUGGAACUAAUUCAUUCAGGCAAAACCUCACGCUGAAGAUCAUCAAUUGUCUCAGCAAUAACUUGGCACAUGUGUGCUUGUUGGGAAUGUUGAUUAUACCAAUCACACCCCUAAGUGUUUUAUGAAUACAUGAGUGAUAAUGAUUAGUAUUAAGCCA